AUGGUGAAUGGGAAAGAGGCAGCUGCUCACAUUGUGCCUGAGACCCUGUUCUGCUUGUGGCAGGGGGGCACGUGGUACAUAUUUUACCUGCCCAGCAUGGCUCUGCCUGCUCUGGGAUACCCCUGGGCUCAGGAAGAAGCUCUGUUGUUACAUGACUUGUUCUUGUUUCUGACACGGCGUGUGCUCACAGGUGUGACCACUGGCCAGCGGCAGGUGACGGUGCAGCAGGGCCCCCUGUACCGCACGGAGGGCUCCCACGUCACCCUGUGGUGCAAGGUGAGCGGCUACCAGGGGCCGGCAGAGCAGAACUUCCAGUGGUCCAUCUACCUGCCCUCGGCCCCCGAGCGGGAGGUGCAGAUCGUCAGCACCGUGGACCCCUCGUUCCCCUACGCCAUCUACACGCAGCGCGUGCGCGGCCGCGGCAUCUUCGUGGAGCGGCUGCGGGGGGACGCCGUGCUGCUGCACAUCAGCGAGCUGCAGGAGCGCGACGCCGGCCAGUACGAGUGCCACACGCCCAACACCGACGAGAGGUACUUCGGCAGCUACAGCGCCAGGACCAGCCUCUCAGUGAUUCCAGACACACUCUCGGCUUCCAUGGCACCCCAGGCCCUCACCCUCAUGGAAGGGGAUGCAGUGGAGCUGACCUGUGAGGUGUCCAAGUCCACUGCCCAGCACACCCAUCUCUCAGUUGGCUGGUACCUUCUCCAGGGAGCAGCAGAGCACCGUGUCCAGGAGAUCCUCACCCUCUCCAAGGACUUCAUCCUGAAGCCAGGGCCCUCUUAUGAGCAGAGGUUUCUGGAGGGGGAUGUGCAGCUGAACAAGGUUGGGAACACCACGUACAAGCUCCUCAUCAGGGGAGUGAAGCCAUCUGACCAGGGGCAGCUGUACUGUGAGGCAGCUGAGUGGAUUGAGGAUCCUGACGGGACAUGGCAGGACAUCUCCAGCAAGAAAACAGAGAGGACUUCACUGGCAGUUGUGAGCCAGGGCAGAGACCUCCCCGUGGACAUCACUGCUGCUGAAAGUUCCCUUGAUGAAGGGGACACCUUGCAGCUCAGCUGUGUGGUGGGAGCCCCAAAGAGCAGCAGCAGGCACUUCAGAGUGACUUGGCUCCUCAAUGAGAUGGAAGUGGCCAGGGUUGACCCCCAUGGGGUGUUGAUUUGGGAGGAAGAAUACCAGGAGAGAGCCAAGCUGGGACAGCUCCAAGCAUUCAAACCAAGCAACACCGUUUAUGUCCUCACCAUCUACGAGGUGGGGCUGGAGGACAAGGGUACCUACCAGUGCUCUGUGUCAGAAAUGAACUCUCCUGGAGACUUGCACAGCAUCCAGAGCAAUGUGUCAUCAGGCAUACAAGUCAACGUGAAGCCAGCAGGAGUGGGUCUGCACGCCACGCUGAGGAGCCGAAUUGCCACGGUCAGCUACGGGCAGAGUUUUGAGCUCUUCUGCCAAGUGGAUGCCAGCUACACCCUGGAGGAGGUGCCAGCGUCUGUGCAGUGGCUUUUCCAGCCCAGCCCACCCACAGGUCCCUUACAGGAGCUGGUCCAGCUCUCUCCCAGUGGCACUGUGGUCUGGAGGACAGCACAGCCACACUUCCAGGGGAAAGCCCAGCUGGCCAAGACUGGCACCUCCUUCAAGCUGCACAUCCACAGUGCCUUGCCUGCCAAUCAGGGGACAUACCAGUGUGAGGUGCAGGUCUGGAGGAGGAACAGCCUUCCCCUGGGGCAGCCAGCAGCCAGCACCAGCUCCAAUGCCGUGGGAAUAAAAGUGGUGCUGCCAGAAAGCAAGCUUCAGGUUGCUACGACAGACAGCUCUGUGGAAAUUGCCGGCGGUAACGCAGCCAUUGAGUGCAGGAUUGUGUUUGCCCAGAACAAUUCACAGUUUGCUGUUACCUGGUACCUCCUGCCUCUUCUGGCAGAUGCAACACCCCUGCAAAUCAUCAGGGCCAGCUACAGCAGCAUCCAGGAAUACGGGUCUGAAUUCAGCUCUCCUGCACUGAAGUCCCGGUUCCUGAGCCAGAGGGUGUCCAGCAACACAUUCCAGCUGCAGAUCCUGUCUGCAGCCCCCAGGGACGAGGGCAGGUACUACUGUGUGGUGGAGGAGUGGCUCUGGCUGGUGGAUGGCUGGUACAAGCUCGGAGAGGGAGCAUCAGGAAGGACCACGCUCAAGUUCAGACCCCCAGAGCACCAGCUGCAGAUGGAGAGCACCAACCACAGCAUCUCUGCGAGGGAGGGCGAGGAGGUGACGCUGCCCUGCCGGCUGCAGGGAGCCCUCCAGCCCGGCACACAGCCCUCAGCCACCUGGUUCCAGGUGAGGAGCAGUGGCAGGGACAAUGCCCUGCUGACCCUGCACCAGGAUGGCGCCGUGGAAUACCCCCAGGAGCGCCUGGCAGCGCGGCUGUUCCUGCGCCGCCGCUCCGCCGGCGACUUCAGCCUGACCCUGGGCAGCGUGGAGAGGGGAGAUGCCGGGGCAUAUUACUGCCAGCUGCAGGCAUGGCAGCAGCACAGCCAGGGGAAGGACUGGCAUCUGCAAGCCUUGGCACAGUCUGGGUACACCCAGCUCAUCACCAUCCCGCCAGAGUCAACUGUUUUGUCUAGGAUCUGCUCAUCCCCACCACUGCUGAACUUCAUCUUAUACUUACCACUGGUUCUGAUCCUUCUCCUGGCCCUUGCUGUCUUCUGCUGGUACUGCAAAUUCAGGAAAAAAAAGAAGGGCAACAUCACAGGAUGGAUGAUGGAACUGGAAGGGAAUGAAGAGGUCAAGAAAACUUAGCUGGUCUGUAGAGGCAAAUGUAACUUGGAGGAGCAGAGCUGGGCAGCUGAGGAGGACUGAGCCCUUGCAGAGGGGCUUUUUAUUGUUUUGUAGUAGCUCUUGCAAUAAAUCCUUGAAAUUGUGGGUUUGCUUUUGAUAGAACGAAGCAGCUUUGGAAUUACUA